CGUUCAACGAAAAUUAUCCCAGUGUCGAUAACGUGUGUUCGAAGAUGGCGCGGAACGUUAAUCUGCAUGGCCUGCAACUUUCUGAACGCUUAAAGAAAAUCGUGUGAACUAAUAUUGAUAAAUAAAAAAGAAUAAGAAACGAACUUAUUGUCCUUUUACUUGUCAAGUAGAAGGUCAACCUAUUUGGGCCACGAAGAACGAAUGUAUUUGAAUCAAAUUCACGUAACUUUGUAAUACAUCCAACGGUCUAUUUUUGUGAAUAUCGAACCAUUGAUUGGGAAGUCGAAAGUCGAAAACUUUAUGCUCUAGGAACAGACUCGUAAACGCGCGUCGUACACGUUAUUAUACACGUUCGAUACAGACAUUUUUAUAAUUUAAUUACUAUAGACGACAACGAACGUCGUGUAGAAUUCAGGGCGUGGUUUGACUCAUUCGCAAAUAAAGUCAGUGCUUUAGCUGUUGGAGAUUCGUGCCUAAAGUGACAGUAGUGCGAAUUUAUUAGUUUGUCAAUGACUCAAUUGUUGUCUACACAGUGAAUAUUUGAACAGUUCCUCGAUUAUUGCUUGAAUGUAGCAUUGUAGAUGCAUAAGAGAACUAUGGCCAAACCCGAAAAGUCAAUAUAAAGGAAUUUCUAUAGUUGUAAGAUAAGGGAUUUAUGAGUCAGCCAUUCAGUUCUGGUACAAUUGACGUACGAAAGAUAUUCGACGAUAUCUCGCGAUUAAAAACUGUUCGAUUUUAUAAUUUAAAAGUGUUUGAAAUAAAAAUUUAUAAAGGACAAUCCGAUCGAUUGAUUUACCAGAAAAAUGUCUAAUGUCAGUAACUUAGAGCAACAAAUUGCGAGCUUGCAAAUCAAUCAUAGGGAUGGUGUCAAAACUGUUAAACCUGGGAAAAAAGUAGGUCCAGCUGUACCACCGAAACCAAAAAAAUCACAGCCUCAGAUACCACAAAGUUAUACUAUAAAGGCUGCGUCUGUGCCAUCGUACAGUACAGUACUCAAUAACUCUGGAACAAAUGAAAAGCCAUCAAAUUUGUACGUGAACUCUCCUUCGCCAUAUGUACCACUAAAUAUCGAGAAGAAUGAUUUUUCAUUGUCGUCCUCUACAAAUGGGAAGGAUACAUCUAAAGUUUAUCAGAAUAAUGACAACUUCUACAUAUGUCAGGCAGAUGAAAAAUUUGAACCAAAAUAUGGAUAUGAUGAAAAAAAUUACUACUCAAAUGUUGGAAAUAUGCCGGCUCCUCAAGUUCCCCUCGAUGAUCAUUCAAGAUCAGUAAGAAAUGUUGUAUAUAGCAACAUAGAUCCUCCAGUAUCUAUGCCAGUUAAAACUGGAAGUAAAGCUGAAAAGGAUAUAAUUUAUAGUAAUAUUCAAUGGAAUUCUAAACCAGAAAAUGCAUACUGCAAUAUUCCUCCUGCUCAUGACGACUUACCACCGCCCCCGGAACCAUCGGAGUAUGUUCCAUGUGUACCGAGCAGUUCCUUCCCGCCACCACCGGAAGAACUACCACCUCCACCGAGUCCCGUUUCAUCCAGUUAUAGCGAAUUAAGACGUGCCACUUAUCAAACUGAUUUCUCUUCGGAUAAUUAUCCAAAUGAUAUUUAUGGUCCAAGCUCACAAUCUAGUUCUACAUAUGAAUCUAUAUACGAACCGAUUAAUCCUAGACCGCCAUCGCAGCUAUCUUGCAAUUAUUCUAUGUAUUCUGGUUAUGGAUCUGCUACAUCAACUCAGCCGCAAGGAAAAGUGUCUCCGGUCAAGGAAGUGGAUGUCUUGACUGAUCUAUUAGUGCAAGGAAUGGAAGACAAUACCGAAGAUGGCGACAUAUAUGGAAUUUGUGCACAAUGCGGUCGUAAAGUUGAAGGGGAAGGUACCGGUUGCUCUGCGAUGGACAAGGUGUUCCACAUUGAUUGCUUCUGUUGUUAUGUUUGUAAAGUUAAUCUACAGGGUAAACCAUUCUAUUCGCUGGAAAGCAAACCUUACUGUGAGGAAGAUUAUCUGAAUACAUUAGAAAAGUGUUGCGUUUGCACCAGACCAAUACUAGAUAGAAUAUUAAGAGCUACAGGCAAACCUUAUCAUCCAUCCUGUUUCACAUGCGUAGUUUGUGGUCAAAGCUUGGACGGUAUACCGUUUACGGUUGAUGCUACAAAUCAGAUUCAUUGUAUACAGUGCUUUCACAAAAAAUUUGCACCGCGUUGUUGUGUAUGUAAGCUACCAAUUAUGCCAGAACCAGGUCAAGAUGAAACAGUACGGGUCGUGGCCCUGGAUCGAAGUUUUCACAUUCAAUGUUACAAGUGCGAAGACUGUGGUUUGGUUCUGUCUUCCGAUUCCGAGGGGCGUGGCUGCUAUCCUUUGGACGAUCAUGUAUUAUGUAAAAGUUGCAAUGCUACUCGCGUACAAGCACUUACAUCACAUAUGACGACAGAAUUAUAAAUCGCAUAAAUACACAUAAUUAUUAAGACAA